AUGACAGCAUGUGUGAAGGCGAAUUCUCAAAGAGUGAUUUACACCAAAUCCGGUGUAGUCACCACCCGACGAAUCGAUGAUCACUCGCCGUUUGCUAUGGCUUACAACUGUGUGAAUCGUUAUCUCGGUGACAAGACAAAAAUUCCGCAAAGAAUGACAAUAACUUCAAGUCAAACUGAGAAUGGAAAGAGAUUUGUGUCGAUUAGUAUGAAUGAAAUUACACGAAAAAUAGCCACCGAGUUGGCUGAAUCCAAGAAUUUCGAAGCGGCAUUCGAUUUGGCUGAUAACCGAAAAUCACUUCAUAAGGCUUGCGAGAAUGCGAAGAGAUUUUAUAAUGAGGCGUAUCCAUCGUUGAACACUGCCGCCAAACCCACAUCCUCUUCUAUAUCUCUUCUUGAAGGAACUAUGUCGUUGACUUCGAUGUCAUCUCAUAGUCAACUUUCAGCCACAACUCCAUCGCAUCCGAUUAAUUUGAAGACUCCAAAGAAGAAACGCUCGAAUCGUUUCCGUUCAAACCCACCCGAUUCGCAAAUGGUCCAUAAAAAGCAAAAAACUCCGCCGAUUUCGCCGAAGGGAGCGAGCGAUGAGAAUCGGCUGAUGAACACAUUUAACACUUCAGAAUAA